AUGAAAAUUUUGUUACAAUUUACAUGCUUAUUGCUCGGGUUAACUUCAUGGGUACAAGCAAGUGAAAAAUAUCCAUCUUACAAGCCAUUGGGAGCGAAGAAAUACUUUUAUGGUUGUUCAAGGCAAAUGCUGUCAGAAGUCACAAUAUGCCCUCCACGUAACCUUACUUGUCAAUGCGUGAAUGAAAACGCUUUAGCUACAAUUGCCGGAUGCUUGAGAAGUGUCAACAAGUCUGUCAAUGCAGCAGCAGAAACCAUGUUGGAGUACUGUGAACGCUCUCAUGCUAAAGUUUCACCAGAUUGGUACGAAACAGCCAUCGAAUAUUUUGACAAGUAUGCUAAAUCACCUCGAGACAUUCCAAACUAUAACAGAUCGAUGCCUGUACAGAUUCCAAUUAUUAUGAAUAAAACUAAUACUGAACUCUUUCAAGAAUCCUUCAAUAGAUUUUACAACAACUAUGACAAUUCGAUCCUUUAUGGUGCCGGGUUGUUGGGUUAUUGGUUGUUGAUUUUACUAUUGGGAGCUAUGUCGCAUUGGACAAAGAUGUUGUUCCCAAGCUUCACCAAGAAGAUGACUGGUCCCAUUACUAAUUUUUGGAGAGCCAAUGUUUCAAUUCCAGCUACUUUCAGGGUUAAAAAACUGCAAGAGCAAACCUUUUUUUCAAAGUACUUUAGCUACUUGAUCCCUUCAAGAUUGGAAUCAUUGGUUAUAUUUUUGUUUUAUUGCGCCGUUAUUUGGUUGCACGCUAUGAAUUCAAAAGCCUUGGAAAACGAUCCUGUUUAUCUCUCGAAGUACAAUGCUGAAAUGAGAUACGUAGCUGAUAGGACAGGAAUCAUUGCCACCAUGAUGAUGCCAUUGGUAUUCCUUUAUGCGGGAAGAAACAAUUUCCUACAAUGGUUGGUCGGUUGGAACUACUCAACUUUUAUGGCGUACCAUCGACAUACAGCAAGAGUUAUGUUUGCCUUGGUUGUUGUACACGCAGUGACAUUCACUUAUGUUUUGGCAGCAAGGUAUGCCGCAGAAUCUGUAAUGCCUUACUUUAUUUGGGGGGUUGUUGCAACCGUUGCUGCUGCAAUUAUGUUGGUCCAAGGUAUGCUUUACUUGAGAAGAAGAUGGUAUGAAAUCUUCUUGUUCUUACACAUCAUAUUGGCCGCACUUUAUGUUGCUGGUACUUGGGUGCACGUUGAAGAGUUUGGCUUUCUAUGCUUGGUUUAUCCAACCAUUGCUGUUUGGUGUUUCGAUAGGGUGGUGAGAAUUGGGCGUUUGAUUGUAUUUGGUUUCCCCCAUGCUGAUGUCACUUUGUUGGCUGAUGAGACAUUGAAAGUAGUUGUUCCCAAGCCAAGCUACUGGCACUCUAUCCCUGGUCGACAUGCAUUUAUUCAUUUCAUAAAGCCAACUUACUUUUGGCAAUCACAUCCGUUCACCUUCACCGAAUCAGUAGACAACAAAGACAGUAUUGUGUUAUACUGUAAAGUCAAAGGAGGAGUAACACACAGUUUGUAUCAAUCAUUGGCAAAGGCACCAGGAAGAACUUGCAAAAUAAGAGUGAGUUGCGAAGGUCCAUACGGUGAGCCAACACCUGCUAGAUAUGCUGAUACAGCUGUCUUCAUUGCUGGAGGUAACGGAAUUCCUGGAAUGUAUUCGGAAGCGGUUGAUAUUGCUUCAAGAACCAAGAGCAAAAGCAACAAAUUGAAAUUGAUUUGGGUGAUCAGAGAGUGGAAAUCAUUGAUUUGGUUCUACGAGGAGUUGCUUCAAUUGAGGAACACCGGGAUUGAAACCAUAGUCUAUGUUUCGCAGCCUACAAAUCCAGCAAACAUUGACGAGUUCAAGAGUGUGACGCGUCCCAGGAUCAAGGAAUUUAACAAGGAAGAGCUCAAUCUUGAUGAAUCACUGGUGUCCGACAAGCUCGGAUUAAAUGACCAGGUUUUACAAUACUCUCUAACCUCAGAUAACGACUCAACUAUGCAAGAGAUUGUCAAUGACAUUAAGACUGAACUUGGCCAUAUUGAGUUCAAAGAAGGCAGGCCAGAUAUCGGCGCGAUUAUUCCUCAAGAAUUACGUGAAUCAGAUGGGUCUAUUUCUUUUGUUACAUGCGGCAAUCCCAGCAUGGUUGACCAAGUUCGAUACUAUUGCAGCAAGAAUAUCUUUAAUAAAGAAAACAAAAGGGUCGAUUUUUAUGAACGUGUUCAAGUUUGGGCGUGA